AUGGCUGCGUCACGUUCUCUUUUCAAGGAUCCUCAGACAAUGCUCGACAAGCUUACCGCACAGCCCAUCGAGACCCUGUCCAAGAUCCGCCACUUGACCGUCGGCCAUCCUCUGGUUAUUGCUUGGGUAUCCAUCGGCAACACGGUCACCACGACGGUCACCUCCCCUACUGGAUGGGCCAUUGGGAGGCACAAUCCUGGAGGAAGCUUCAGCCAAACCACUGGCGAUCGGUCCUGGAAGCGCGCGACGGGGCGGGCUGAGAGCCUUCCGUCACAAAUCUACCGCGCCAAGCAGCCCGGCUGCUAUGGUUCGGCCCUCGACCCAAGCAGAAUGGUGGAAUCCGGACAGAGCUGCGCGAUAACUUGGGAGUCACAGCCGCACAUCUUCCCCGCAGAUGCCGAGUUGAUGGUUGGAGACGAACGGAAGAAAGAAAUUCUGGUCAUUGUGAAGAGGGGCGAUGGCAUCGACUGUGAGGAAAAGGAGCCGCUCAUAGAGUCUGAUUAAAGGCGCGACUUCCCAGGGAUGACAUAGGCGCAGAUUCACGCUCUCAGCGAUGUGUGGGAUCGUGAAGACGACCCUAACUCUGGGUCCAAUCACUUGGGAUUUCCAAAUGUCCACGAUGUCUCUAGGGACGUUGACGAGUAUCACUGGUCAUGGUUGAACUGAAAAGUAGGAGACGGGGUGAAGGGGGCGGGCUACGCCUUACCAACAAUGCAGCCCUGCGAUCAGUCUGGUUCUAAUAAGAGAUUCGUUGCAGGGUUUCUUGUCGAAACCAAAUUGGCCGGAAG